AUGAGAGGCGAGCCUACACCUGCAUGGGACUCUGGCAACAACACCAUUUGGGAGGACUACACUGACAUCGCCUUCGUAGUGGCAAACAGCUUGAUUCUGUUGACCACUUCUGCUGUGGGGAUUGCAGCAAAUCUUUUUGUCAUACUGGCAGUUUACCACCAAAAAUCCCUUCAAACAGCGAUUAAUGCACUGGUGGUAAAUCUCGCAGUCAUAGACAUUCUGAGGUGUGUAAUUGACUGCCCCAUUCUCUUCACCAUCGUCGUGACCGUGUAUCAAGGAGGACAUGUGGACGCGCUGAUCUGUGAUACCCAAGUGGCCUCUUUCUCUUUCAGCUGCUGCAUCCAACUGUUGACACUGACCUGUAUAAGUGCGGAGAGGUACCAGGCCAUUGCCCAGCCCUUUAAAACUAAUCAAAGGCAAAGACGGAUUAUGGUGCAGAUUCCUCUCACAUGGAUCUUGGCUAUUCUGGUGGCGUUUUUUUGUCUGAUAUUUAUGAAGGACUCACCGGUGCAUACCAAAUGCAAAGGAUUAUGUGGAGAAACAGCAUCCUCCUAUGACACUUUUGGACUUUACAUGGUGUUCCCACUGUGGGCAGCUUGCUUUACUAUAAUCAUUUUAUUCUAUGCUCGCAUAUUUGCAAUUGUGAGAUCACACAAUCACAAAAUAUUUGACAAAGGUACUUUUCGUCUUUCAAAGACUGAAGAUGAGCAGAAGAAAGAAGAAACCUUAGCUGUGGAAAAUGGACCCGGAAAAUCUGAGCAAAACCAGACCCUGAGCAAAAGUGUUGCAUCAGAGAUAACUGACUUGAAAACAGAACAACCUCAGCCUCCUGCAAUGCAGGUUGCCGUGCAGACUGAUUUUAAAACAGAGCAGUCCAACUCCUGUGACACGAAGGUUGAAGCAAAACCAUCAAAUGGAGGCGUUGCUGCCAGUGUUAAAAGCUCGACCACAAUGCCGCAGGUGUCAAGCAAUUUUGACACAGAAAAGCAGCCCAAAGAGAGAGUGAAAACUGCCAAAGCGCCCCCUGAAAUGAAAGAAACCACCCCCCAUGCUCCCUCAUCUGCACAGUUAGAAAAACACCGGUCCACUUCUGUUUUACUGAUUGAACUAAAACAAGCUACGAACGCCGAUGGAGGAGAAACACUGAUUGUUGCCACAGUAGAUCAAAUGUCUUCAUUACCUCCCGUCUCAAAUAAUGCCCCUGAAACAGAAGCUACAAAACAAAGUGUGCAGGCGGAAGGUGCUGUUUGCAUGAUGCCUUCAAAAGCAAGUAAAGAAAGAGUGCACAAAAAGAAGGAAAGUCAAAUGGCGAAGCGAGCUGGCUACAUCAUUUUAUCCUUCCUCUUAUUCUGGUUACCAUUGAUCACAACCACCCUGAUGAAUUUUGUUGUUCACGGCAACAACAAUACAAAGGUAGAUAUUUGUCAGAUCAAUCUGGACAUGGACAUUCUGUCCGCCUCUGUCGCCUGCAUUACAUCUUUGAGUGACCCUAUCAUAUAUGCUGCAGUGAACCCUCAGUUUCAGACAGAGUUUUAUCGGAUUAAAAACAAGUUUGUAUCUAUGUUCAAUAAGAAAUGA